AUUACACCACUUGUUAAAUGAAAAGUCACUGACAUUAGAAAUGGGUUCUGUGCAGAAAAAGCUUCCUGCUUUCUACGCAGUUGCCUAAUUGCAUAGAUCUGUGGUCUUCAAAUCCCGCAUUGUUUGGCCUAGAAACCCUUUCUGCGAACUGGGUUUGCCAAAUUUGCCUGGAAAAUUACUACCCAUUAACAAAAGCUUAGACCUUUGGCCAGCAGUUUGUUGUUCAAGUAAGCUGUAAAGCUAUUUCUUCUCCGGUAGGAAAGGAACCAACAAGUCAGUCUGUGCUGUGUAGAAGAAGCUUGCUAUAUCUCAAAUCUCUUCACAAGUUCUCAUCUUUUUUCUGAGGCCCAGUUCAAGUUUUGUUAGAAAAAACCAGAAACAGAAGCUGAGAUGUAUGAGUUGUUGAUCCCUGUUGUGAUUGCUGAGGCUGUUGUGGCAUCUCUUAUGUUGCUCAAGAUUGGGCCUUUGAGAGAGCUUGUGUUGAAGAUUCUGGAUCAGCUCAAAGUGGGCAGAGGCCCAGUCACUCUGAUUGGCAUUGCUGGCACCAUGGGUGUGAUUCUCCUAUCAAGAUUCAUUAGCAUUGUCAAGAUGCAGAACAAAGGUGAAAAGCUUGGGACUAUGUCACCCAUGGAUCAGGUUCUGUACAGAACCCACAUCCUUGAAGCGUCAUUAAUGUCUUUUGCUGUAUUUCUUGGAUUCAUUAUUGAUCGAACACACGAUUAUCUUACAAAGCUUGAUGGAUUGACGAGUACAAAAGAAGAAGUUGACAGGCUACAGAAAGAAAAGGCGCUGCUUACAGAAAAGGAAGAGAAAUCUUCCAAGGAAAUCAAGCAGCUGCAAGAAAAAAUUGCAACUCUAUCGGAGGAUUUGAAGAAGCUGAAGUUGGAGUGUGCGCAGAAAGAUAAAGCUGUUGAAACUGCUGAAUUCCAUGUCACUUCCCUCCAGAAACAAGCUGCAGAUCUACUUCUUGAGUAUGACCAUUUGUUAGAAGACAACCAAAAACUUCAAGCUCAGUUUGCAGGACAGAGGAGAUGAGGAAAUUUUGAAACCUAGCGACAGUUCUAAUUUUGAGAACUAUUUUGCCUUCCGGCGGUGUUUGUCAAACAUCUCCUGCCAGAAAUGGUCAUUAUUCGGCUGGAAAUGGGGGAUGUUGUUGAAAAAUUUGUGAUGCUCAAGAAGUGGAAUUUGCAGUUUGACCAUCUUUGCUUUGUUCUAUGGUUUCCAGUUUUAGUUGAAUAUAUCUUUCUAAUGCA